AUGUCGAUCCAGUGUCAAGCGCAUUCAAUGUUAAAUUAUGAGCAGCAGCAUCGGUAUAAAUAUAUUGCAUUGAGUGCUUCAGUCUCAUCGAACAACAAUGCCUCAAUGCUUGUAGCUGCCGACUUCGACACUAUACACUUUCGCGGCAAUGGUGAUUCUGUGUGCGUCGCGCGAGGCUUGCAUGUCGCCCUUGUGUCCGAUGUCGAACAGAAUCCGGCGACAGCUCCCUCGUGGCCCCAUUGGCUCAUCACUUCCUGA